AUGUCUGAUGACGAAGAAGAUGCAAGCGUCUACGAUCAAGAUGACGACUCGACGCCUCCAACAUUUUGGCGUGCAAGUGCAAACGCAGUGGAAGCAACGGACCUAGCAGAACCUGCGGAACUCAAGUCGAUGCAUCUUCGUGGAGUUUUCCGUGCGGCAAAACUGCCAAGAGGCCAAGGCGCGAUCGGCACCAAGUGGGUGUUCAAGAUCAAGCGCAAAGCGGAUGGAUCGGUCGAGAAAUACAAGGCGCGUCUCGUUGCCAAGGGCUUCAAGCAGAAGUACGGCAUCGACUACACAGAGACGUUCUCGCCCGUGGUCAAGUACGUGACACUGCGUAUGGUGAUCGCGAUCACCAAGUAUUUCGACUGGCCACUGGACCAACUCGAUGUGGUGACAGCCUUUCUCUACGGAGUGAUGAAGGAGAAGGUGUACUGCGUGAUACCAGAAGGCGUCGAGAUGGAUGGCGACUUUGACUGUCUCGAGUUGGUGAAGGCGAUCUACGGUCUCAAGCAAGCUUCACGUGUGUGGAACGAGACUUUCGACGAGUUCGUAUGCUCCAUCGGUUUCGAAGCGUCGGCGUUCGACCCAUGUCUCUACAUCAAGGUUGUCGACGGUCACUGUGUGCUCGUGCUGGUCUACGUGGAUGACGUGUUGGUCAACGGCAGCUCGCUCGAGUUGAUUGCGCAGACGAAGGCCGACCUCAAGACGCGUUUCGAGAUGACCGACAGUGGCAAGUGUACUUUUGUACUGGGCAUCGAACUGGUGGACGAAUCGGAUGGCAGCGUGACGAUGUGCCAGCGACGGUAUGUCAACGACAUCCUCAAGCGCUUCGGCAUGGACGAGUGCAAGGCCACAGCAAGUCCGGUCGACUUGAGCACUCGGCUUGUCGCAAGCAGCGAAGCGGCCAAGAUCGACGUUCCGUUUCGUGAAGCUGUGGGAGCUUUGAUGCACUUGACGACUGCGACGCGCCCGGACAUUGCGUAUGCUGUGGGGUACGUCUCGCGCUUCAUGGAGAAUCCGCAGCAAGAACAUUGGACGGCGGUGAAGCGCAUCUUUCGUUACUUGCAAGGGACCAAGUCGCACGGACUCCGCUUCCAGCCAAGCGACAAGAUCGACUUUCGUGGCUACUCGGACGCGGACUGGGCCGGCGACCACGCUGAUCGCAAGUCGACUUCGGGUUACACUUUCAUGCUGAUGGGUGCUCCUGUGAGUUGGGGAAGCAAGAAGCAGUCAAGUGUGUCGCUGUCGACGAGUGAAGCGGAAUACAUCGCACUGAGUCUGGCCAUCCAGGAAGGCAAGUGGGUGCAUCGCCUGCUAUGCGAGAUUUUGGCGGCCGCAAACGAACCAGGACCGGACCUCGUCAUCCGUGAAGACAAUCAGUCGUGCAUCAAGAUGACGAAUAAUCCUGUCAAACAUGGCCGUGCCAAGCACGUCGACAUCAAGUACCAUCACAUCCGUGAUGAGGUCAAGCGCGGCGAAGUCAAGCUCAAGUACUGUGAGACUACGGUGAUGUUGGCAGACAUCAUGACCAAGGGACUUUCGGGACCUCGUCACAAGGACUUGACGACGGCUCUCGGCAUUCGUGCGAGUUCGGAUUGA